AUGGCAUCAGAUUCCCACACUCUUCUCCCAGUUCUCCAUAAGGAAACUGUCUUCUCUGAUUGGCAGAGUGAUGCCAAGGCCUAUCUCAGAGGCAAAGAGGUGUUUGUGUACUGCACUGCCACCUUUGAUGCAGCCAAGCAUGAGGAAGUCAAGAAGGACAAGUGUGCUGGCAUCUUGUGGAGCAUGCUCUCCCCUGAUGUUAGGUCCCUAGUGCGUCAGCAUGAGGAUGAUCCCAAGGCCUUAUGGGCUGCAUUGCCUUCAAUCUUUGCACCCAAGCAGGCUGGGCAGCGCUUCAAUGCCUAUAAAAACCUUACCUCCAUCAGACUCAAGGAGGGUGAGGGCUUGCUAAGCCUUGUGGGUCGUGUAUCUGAGGCUGUGCGCUUCCUCAAAAGCUCUAGGCCUGAUUCCUUCACACUGGAUAAGGCUGAUGAAGAGCUGCAUGCUGUGGUUCUCCUCAUGGCCUUGCCUGAUUCUGAGCCUGCUUAUGCAACUCUGAAGGCUCCCUUUGAGCAAUCCCAUGAUGCUCUCAAGGUGGCUGCCAUUGAACAGGCCUUUACCUCAUGGUCUGCUUUCAGGGCAGCAGGCAAUGCAGGAGACUCUGGGCAGAGCAAUCCUCUGUCUGGAGCUGCAAUGAUAACUUCUGCCAAUCCUCCUUCUGCUGCACUGGAGGCUGCAUCUGGUCCCUCCCAGCCUUGCCAGUCUGUUAUUCUCACGAAUGUCUUGUUUGUUCCUGCUUUGUCUCACAAUCUGAUCUCCACUACAUACCUGUCAGUUCACCAUGACUACACUGUGCUCAUGAAGGAAAACUACAUCCUGUUCAAGCGCAAUGGUGAAGUGUACUUUGUGGCAGACAUCUCAGAGCAGGCCAGCAGUGAUGAUGAAAUCGACUUCUUGCGUCGAGCUCCACCACCUCCAUCUCCACCACCAGCUGGGGAUGCCCCGCUUCACCAUCCACCCUCGCCUCCUCCUCCCCAAUCUCCAAUUGGGGUGGCAGCUCGUCGUGCUGCUGCUGGCAUCCAUCGUGUCCCUGCACCACCCAGGAGGGCUCCAGCUCCGGCUGCAGCUCCUCCCAGGCGCACUAUGGCAGAGAUCUUUGAAGAGAUCCCUGAAGACCUCAGUGACGAUGAGCUGCUUCUGAAGUCAUCCUCUGCCCUUAUUGUGGCUCUCUGUGUUGUCUGCUGUAGCCUCUGGGAACCCCAGGUCGUUCUUUGA